AUGUAGAUCCCACCUGACUAGGCCAGAAGUUCCGAUGGAUUUGCCUUCAUCAGAUUGGACGACACCAACCGGCCACUUACGAUUCACGAGCUGGUUUGAACGCCGUGGGCCGGAUUUGGGGGUUCUUCCCUCGCUCCGGUAGUCAGUUCCUCCCUUUCUUUCCUCCCUCCCGCCCCCCCCUCAACGCCUUCUGCAACCAUCCCAGCCGUGCUAUCUAACCAAAAUGCCCGCGACUAGUCCCCCACUCACCAAUCAGCUUUCUACACACGAGGGAUCGUUGCCAUUGUACUCGCGCGGUUCAGAUGAUGAAGAGGACCUCCCGUCUCUCGAAGUGCUAGUUCCGGAAAUUCACCUCGCUCAACCUCGCAUCAGCGCUUCUACCAAGCCGGUUUCUGCCAUGAUCAAGUGUGCGAUAAUCUUCAAGGUCUACUGCCCGAAUAGACACAAGUCAACCAAGAAGGUCACCUGGGUAGCAAUCCAAUCCCCAAAGAAGUUAACUUACGAUUUCAACAGCGGCGACGUGGAUUGGCCCGCCUUCAAGGCCGCAGUGACACAUCAUUGCUCAGCGGCUACGGCAUUCAAGAGUUUACCUCGGAUCUUUGAAGAUGGAUUGCGAUCUAACCCCCCAAAGAUCACCUGGGGUGGUUAUGUCUUCCGCAAUACCGAUUGGCCAAAGGAUGAUCCUCCGGCCAUCUCCAACGACACCCGCUUUCCCGAGUGGAUUCGUGCUAUGGUGGCCUGUAAGGCCAAGGGGGUUAAAGGUGGUGUCAUUAUCCACAUGGCAAACCCUCGGGAUAAGGAGAUUAUCGCGGAGAAAGCAAACUUGGUUGAUAGAACGGCUUCACGCUGUGAGGCUCGCGAUCAGGACGCUCGCGCAGCAAUGGCUUCAACUUCGGCUUCAACCACGACUGAUGCAGCUCCAGUCCCUUCGAUCUCAAACGCCUUGGAGGAUGACGAGUUAUCUGGACCGGAUGAUGAGCUCAACACUUACGAAGAAUUCACUAACAAGGACAUCCACGCCGAGCAAAUCUUUCAGAAAUACGCUCACAACACUGGGUACGACAGACUCCUUACAGCUUACCUCGACCCUGAGAACGCGGAUCGAUACAUCCUUCUCUCUUUGGGUAAUGUGGCGGUCUGGGCUAAAGCCAUGGCGCGUGGAGACAGUGGAGUUGAUCUCUUGUCACCUCCAGCCGGCCUCCGAUAUGAGACUCGCAAUGCAAAGGCCUCUGCCGCCCCAGCGGGGGGGCAGUUGGCACCUGCACCUGAGACGCAGGCGGGGAUGGUCAGUUUGGCAACAGUUAAGGAGAUCAUAGACAUGUGUAUGACCCGCAAACGUGCGGCCUCGCCGGCUUCUUCCACCGGGCCGGAAUCCUAUCCUUCUAAUCGACGCGGCUCUCUCGAGGAUUAUCUCAGCUUUGCCGGGGUCCCCGACAAAGAGGCCACCUUACAGACUUUGGCUUAUCAUGGCAUCAAUCAGUACUACUUGUUCAAGCCCGAUCAUUUGACCCCGGCUAAUCUGGACGAGUUGGGUUUGACCAUGGGCACCUUAGCUAAGUUGCGUGCCAAUGUCACAAGAUACGAGCGCAGUCUAGCCGGUGGGUCAACUUCGAGGACGACUAUGAACUAAGUAGUGGCCUCUUCUCUGACACAAGUGUCUCUUUGGGCUCCAUACUCGUUCCGUUUAGUUCUAGCCCUCUGUUUGUUUAGUUAUGUUUAGUCUCCACUCCUCUCAUAAAUGCUUUGCUUGCGCUUUCUUUGGCCUCUUACCUCUCGCUCUCGGAUAUCUGUCUAACUACUUGAUCAACUUAUAUGUCUAACUGCCCUCCCUCCUGAUCAAUAUAGUUAAACACAAAUUUUAUUAUUAUUUGAUGAUUGUUUUUGUCAUCCUGGGCUUCAGGAUGCCUUCGCUGGACCUUAUUUGAUUACAUGCUUGGAUUUGAAAUGAUAUGGUUAUGAUUUGUCAGGUGAUAAAUCC